AUGGCCGCCGACAGUGAGCACAUCCGCGAUGUCAAGAACCAUCUUCUUUUCGAAAUUGCUACAGAGGUGGCUCACAGAGUCGGUGGCAUCUAUUCCGUCAUCAAGUCCAAGGCUCCCGUAACUACUGCCGAAUAUGGUGAUCGCUAUACCCUCAUUGGGCCGCUCAACCAUGCCUCCGCGGCCGUAGAGGUUGAAGAAAUGGAACCUACCAACCCAGCCAUGACUACAACGAUGCAGGUGAUGAAGGAGCGAGGCAUUGGUAUGCUUUACGGACGAUGGCUGAUCGAAGGGGCUCCGCGCGUCUUGCUCAUUGAUACCAGGACUGCGUACGGCUACAUGAAUGAGUGGAAAACUGACCUGUGGAACAUUGCGAGCAUCCCCUCCCCGCCUAAUGACGACGAGACCAACGAGGCCAUUGUUUUCGGCUAUCUAGUUGCCUGGUUCUUGGGCGAGUUUGUCUGUCAUGAAAAGGACAAGGCCGUCAUUGCUCACUUCCACGAAUGGCUCGCCGGUGUCGCUCUACCACUCACCAAGAAGAGGCGCAUCGACGUGACCACCAUCUUCACCACCCACGCGACGCUCCUUGGUCGUUACCUCUGCGCUGGCUCAGUCGACUUCUACAACAACUUGCAGAACUUUGACGUUGAUGCGGAAGCUGGCAAACGAGGCAUCUACCAUCGGUACUGCAUCGAGCGCGCGGCUACUCAUUCGUGCGAUGUCUUUACAACCGUCUCCCACAUUACGGCGUUUGAAUCGGAGCAUUUGUUGAAGCGAAAGCCCGACGGCGUGUUGCCGAACGGUCUCAACGUCACCAAGUUCUCAGCCGUCCACGAAUUCCAAAACCUGCACCAGGUAUCCAAGGAGAAGAUUCACGACUUUGUCCGAGGCCACUUCUACGGCCACUACGAUUUCGAUCCCGACAACACCUUGUACGUCUUCACCGCGGGUCGAUAUGAGUUUCGAAAUAAGGGCGUCGACAUGUUCAUCGAAUCGCUGGCCCGACUGAAUCACCGCCUCAAGAAUUCGGGCAGCAAGAUGACGGUUGUGGCCUUCAUCAUCAUGCCCGCACAAACGACGUCGCUUACGGUGGAGGCGCUCAAGGGCCAGGCAGUCAUAAAGUCGCUACGGGAUACCACGACCAUGAUUGAGCAGAGCAUCGGUCGCCGAAUGUUCGAGAGGUCUCUCAAGUGGCACGAAGGCGACCCAAUGCCUGACGAGAAGGAGCUCAUUUCUGGGCAAGACCGCGUGCUUCUCCGCCGCCGCCUGUUUGCCAUGAAGCGGAGCGGGUUGCCGCCCAUUGUCACUCACAACAUGGUCAAUGACUCCGAGGACCCAGUUCUGAACCAGAUCAGACGUGUGCAGCUCUUCAACCACCCUUCGGAUCGUGUCAAGGUAGUUUUUCAUCCCGAGUUUCUAAACUCUGCCAACCCCGUGCUUCCCCUUGAUUACGAUGACUUUGUGCGCGGCUGCCACUUGGGCGUGUUUGCUUCGUACUACGAGCCGUGGGGGUACACGCCGGCCGAGUGCACCGUCAUGGGCGUUCCCAGCAUCACCACCAACCUGUCUGGCUUCGGCUGCUACAUGGAGGAGUUGAUUGAAAACUCUAGCGACUACGGAAUCUACAUUAUCGAUCGCCGAACCAAGGGUGUGGACGACUCGGUCAAUCAGCUCACGUCCUUUAUGUUUGAGUUUUGUGGCAAGAGCCGUCGCCAACGCAUCAACCAGCGAAAUCGGACGGAGCGCCUAAGCGAUUUGCUUGACUGGAAGCGGAUGGGCAUGGAGUAUGUCAAGGCUCGUCAACUAGCCUUGAGGCGAGCUUAUCCCAGCUCUUUCUCUGGGGACGAGGAGCCGGAGGACUUUAUCCCCGGCCUGGAGCAGAAGAUUUCGCGACCAUUCUCGGUGCCUGGCUCCCCGCGAGACAAGAGUGGCAUGAUGACUCCAGGCGACUUUGCCAGCUUGCAGGAGGGCCGCGAGGGCUUGAGCACGGAGGACUAUGUUGCGUGGAAGCUGCCUGCCGAGGAAGAUCCAGAUGAGUACCCGUUCCCGUUGACGCUGCGAACGAAGCAGGCUGGUGUCGAGAGCCCGUUGCCAGCAGCUGGACUGAACGGGGACUGA